AUGGCUGCUUACGUCGAUCACCCUUCCUCCACUUGGUCCGCCAGGUCAGGUGGAGGCGGGUUGGGAUAUUCGGACAAGAGUGUUUCGAACCCUGCACAGAUGGCUUACGAUAAGUCGAGGGCUGCUGCUCAGGCUGCUGCGGCUCAGCAGGCUGCUGCCAAUGCUAAGGCUGAGAGUCAGGACGGAGAAACUGGCAGUGCGGCAUUUCACUCGCAAUUGGAAGAAGUUGAAAAGGCUGUCGACAACCUUCUCAAGACCGGCAAGUUGUAUGCUCAGCCUGGCCGUCAGACCAACCUUCCCAGUCUUCCUGGAGCUUCCUACGGUUAUGAUCAGAGGGACCCUCGUAUCGCCCACACCGUUCCUUCCCGCCACUACGCUGCCGGUCUCCCCAUGAACUCGCUCCCUCACAUUUCUCAAAUCCCUCAAGGUCUUCACCACGCUCACGAUAUGGACAUGCACCAGCGUUCUCACAGCGGAAUGGGUAUUGGCAACAUGCGUCAGCGUGAGGCCGAGCAGCUUUUGCACUUGAAGAGGCGUGUCGCCCGUCAGGAGCAGGCUCACCAGCAGAGGGUCAGGGAGGAGAUGGCUCUCAGGGAAAGGGACAUGUUGAUGGCUGAGCAGCAGCAUGCUCAGGUUAGGGGACAUAGCCCUGCUGGCUACGCUGGUCACCACCACCAGGGUGGAUACACCGAUGAGGAGAGGAAGUCACUUUUGGCGAGGAGACAGCCUCAGCAGCAGGUUAGGUCCAUGGGCUUGGACGGACCUGCUUAUCAGGAGGAUGACUUGAGGGGUGUUUCUAGGAGCAACCCCAUCUCUGCCAUGUCCACUCGUGGCCCUAGCCCUAGGCCUGGACUUGAGUACUUAACUGGCAGCGAGCCUUUGGCCGGUAGGGAAGAGAUUCCUACCAGCGCACCUGCGCCUGUUGGAUCCCCUACUCAGAUGCGUGCGCCAUCUACCAAGAGCAACAGCAGCCUCUCGCCUCCUGCUAGCGCUCAGUUCUCGGCUUUCUUCGACCCGAGCAACAAUACCGCGGCGGCUUCUACUACGCAAGCUUCUUCCCCCGACACUGGUGCCCCUUUGGCUCAAAGGAACGGAAGCAUCGGUGGCAAGCAUGCCCCUAUUGGCACCAGGCCCAUUCAGAGCCCGUUGCAAUACCCGGGUUUUGAGGACGCGCCAGGUGCCGGUGAACAGAAGAGGAGCGUCUCUGCCGGACAGGGAGGCGCUAAUGGAGAGUGGACUAAGCAAAUCUUUUUGGGAGGAAAGGGAUUGACUGGUGUUUUGGAUGUCUGGGGUUAA